UGGUCAAGAUCCAACCUCUUGUUCCUUCUAUACGCUUUGUGCUAUUCUCCCAUUGCCAUUGCGGGCAAAAAGAGCUAUUACGAUAUAUUUUAAGUAUCAAAGGGCGCAUCGGACGAGUAGAUAAAGAGGGCGUAUAGGAAGCUGGCUUUGAAGUACCAUCCAGAUAAGAAUCUGGGCAACCAAGAAGCUAAUAAGAGGUUUGAUGAGAUUAACAAUGCGUAUGAAGUACUUUCUGAUAGCGAGAAGAGAAACAUUUAUGACAAGUAUGGUGAAAAGGGUUUGAAACAACAUUCUGUAGAUGGAGGCAAAGACGGUGGAAUGGGCAUGGACUUCCAAGGCAUCUUUAGCUCCUUCUUCUUCGGAGGAUCCAUGGAGGAAGAGGAAGAGAGAAUUGUCAAAGGUGAUGACAUGAUUGUUGAAUUGGAUGCAACCGUGGAAGAUUUGUACAUGGGAGGUUCAUUGAAGGUUUGGAGGGAGAAAAUUGUUUUAAAGCCUGCACCUGGGAAGAGACGCUGUAACUGUAGAAAUGAGUUUAAUCACAGGCAAAUAGGUCCUGGGAUGUUUCAACAGAUGACAGAGCAGGUCUGUGAGCAAUGUCCUAAUGUUAAAUAUGAAAGAGAUGGUUAUUUCAUCACUGUUGAUAUUGAGAAAGGCAUGCAAGACGGACAGUCGACUAAGGCACGAUAUUUAGACGACUAA